AGGCGGAUGGCCUCGUGUCGGUGCGACAAACAGGGAACUGCGAUCGGAUCGCGGACCGCCACCAGCACUGGACGAUCACCUUCUGGGCCGGGGAACAAUGGGACGGACGGCUUGAGGAUGGCCGCCUUGCCAGAUGGCAGUCAAACACCCAUUUCGUUGUCCGGCAUCACCUCACCCAGGAAGCUCCCGGUGAUGGGGUAGAGGGGGGGGACACCAAGCCGGAGCGGUGGUGGAAGUGGGCUCGGGAUUGUUGCCGUCACUUCAUUCUUCCUGACUUCACCAACUGCUUCCGGCCUUCCUCUCCGCCGCAGCUUCUGCCUACUUUCACUUCAGCCUCUCUUUUCCUCACUCCUACCUCCCUCCCUUCAAUUCCAGCCUCGCAAGCGGACCAUUUAUUCGGCGAUGCCUUUUCUCCCACUCUGAGCCCGACAGUCUUCGUUUCGAUCUACCGUCGUCCUCCGCGCCGCAACCAUGACGCGGGAGACUUAUCUUAAGCGCUCGCUCGGGACUCUAGCCAGACGAAUCAAAGAGUCGCGUGUGCUUCUCGUGGGUGCCGGUGGCAUCGGCUGCGAGCUGUUAAAGAACCUCCUCCUCUCCGGCUUCGGCGAAAUUCACAUUAUCGAUCUCGACACUAUCGAUCUCAGCAACUUGAAUCGCCAAUUUCUUUUCCGCUUUGAACAUAUUAAGAAGUCCAAGGCAUUGGUUGCGAAGGAGGUGGCCCACAAGUUCCAGCCCAAUGCGAAACUUGAAGCGUACCAUGCGAACAUCAAAGACAGCCAGUUCAACGUUGACUGGUUUGCGACAUUUGAUGUGGUAUUCAACGCCCUGGAUAACCUCGAUGCUCGCCGUCAUGUCAACAGAAUGUGUCUAGCUGCCAACGUACCACUAGUCGAGAGUGGAACAACGGGAUUCAAUGGCCAGGUUCAGGUUAUCAAGAAGGGCGUGACGGAGUGCUACGACUGUAACUCGAAAGAAGUCCCCAAGUCCUUCCCUGUCUGCACCAUCCGCAGCACUCCGAGUCAGCCAAUCCACUGCAUUGUUUGGGCCAAGAGUUACCUUUUACCUGAGCUUUUCGGAAUCAGUGAGGACGAUUCAAAUGACUUUGAUCACUCGGAAGACGCUGAAAACUCGGAAGAGAUCGAGAAUCUGCGCAAAGAGGCACAGGCCCUCAAGGAGAUUCGCCAGUCCAUGGGCUCCAACGAAUUUGCACAGAAAGUAUUCGAAAAAGUGUUCAAGGAAGACAUAGAUCGGUUGCGCGGAAUGGAGGACAUGUGGAAGACGCGAGAUCCUCCAGAACCCCUGGACUUCGAUAAACUGCAGGAAGAGUCGUCAAAUAUUGAAGCCGUGAUUUCAUGUAACGACCAGAAAGUUUGGUCUCUUGCCGAAGACUUUGUCGUUUUCAAGGACAGUUUGGAUCGGUUGAGUAAACGGCUCAAGACCUUGCAGGAGACCACAAAGAGCGAUGUGAAGCCCAUAUUGGUCUUCGACAAGGACGACGUCGACACGUUGGAUUUUGUGACAGCCACAGCCAAUUUGCGGGCGAAGAUCUUCAAGAUUGACCCGAAGUCCAAGUUCGACACGAAACAAAUGGCUGGAAAUAUCAUUCCGGCUAUCGCAACUACGAACGCCAUGACAGCUGGUCUGUGUGUCCUGCAGGCCUACAAAGUGCUAAGAGGGGAGUACGAUCAGGCCAAAAUGGUUUUCCUCGAACGCUCAGGUGCUCGUGCAAUCAACUCGGAUUCCCUUCAGCCUCCAAAUCCCAACUGCCCGGUGUGUUCCGUUGCCCAUUGCAGGCUCAAGAUCGACCCUCAACGUGCUACUCUGAAUGAUCUGGUCCAAGACAUUCUGCGGGAGCAGUUGGGAUAUGGCGAAGAGUUUUCCAUCACUAGCGAACUGGGAACCAUCUAUGACCCUGAUCUGGAGGACAAUCUCCCCAAGAAAUUGGUAGAUCUAGGUGUUAAGAGUGAGAGUUUUGUUACAGUCAUCGACGAAGAGGACGACGAACCACGCGUCAACCUCGAACUCGUUGUACUUGCUUCUGAAGCCUCUCAGCCUCCCACACAAGACUCCAAAGCAGUCUCCUUGGAGUCUGUUCCUGAUAUUCCUCGAAAGCCAAAGGCGCCGUCGCCUGUUGUUGCCGAGCCGACUAACGGAAUAGGCAAGCGGAAGCGCGACGCAGAUGAAGCCGGGCUCACCAACGGUGACAAUCCGGCCAAGCGCGUAGCUGCCAUGUCCAUUGCAGAUGGUGAUGGAGACAACCCCAUUGUCUUAGACGAAGGAAUUGGUGGGGCUAUCCUGAUUGACGACGACUAACUUUAAUGAUACCAGGUGGACCCGGGCUCGACAUGUCGUCCAGGCUUCACCAUUUCCAUACACUAUUGGCUUGCAGAUCUGGCGCACGUUGGUUUUUCUAAGUACCCUGUCCUUUUAUUUUCAUGUAAAAUUAUUUAGGCUACUUGCAUACACUGCAUUCCGAAUAGAAUGGAUGAAAAACCAUCACCU